AUGGAAAAUUGCCUCAAGUCUAAAUUAGCUCCAAAAUUAGAAAGGAAAUAUGUGGAGAAGAAUAGGAGGAAUCAUAUGAAGAAUCUAUGUAAUCAACUUCAUUCCAUGCUCCCUACUACUCAUGCCUCUACCUCCAAGGAAACAACAAAGGCAGUGCCAGAUCAAAUAGAUGCAGCAGUGAAUUAUAUAGAAAGUUUGAAAGUGAAAUUGGAGAAGAGCAAGAAGCACUUGGAAGAAUUGAUAAUGGGCCAAAAGAAGGCCCAAUCACUCAAUCAAACUAAUGAGCCCGGCCCAAUCACAAACUCACCAGCUCAAAUUGAAUUCCAUGAAAUGGGCCCAAACAUGGUCGUGGUUUUAAUAAAUGGCCUUUAUAAUAUAGCCACUUUUAAUAACAUCAUUCGAUUAUGCCAUAAGGAAGGUGUUGAAGUUGUGUGUACCAACUUUAAACUCAAUGGAAACUCUACACUGCAAAUUUCUCAUGAAACUAAGGUGCAGAUCAAUAGAAGUUCAACAAUGGAAUUUAGUGCUACAACUUUGUGUGAUAAGAUGAAGGAGUUGAUUUAUGGAAAUGAUGUGGACUCUCAAUUGCAUUUAUGGGAUUACAAAAUUGAAUUUGAUGCAUUGGAAUUAUUACCAACAAGAAGUCAAAAUCAAAACAUGUAUAUUUACAUGCAAAAUGAAUAUGAAAUUCCUACCUUUUUCUAA